AUGCAUGUCUUUCAAAACGGGUCCGUCAACGUAAGUUUCCGUCGAGGAUUUGAUGAUAAUAUGAUAAUAUUGGCUUGAUUAUGACAGUUAUUAAGUUUUUUUGAAACUUACAAGUAGAGCAAGGUCUUUUUUGGUGUGUUAGACAAGUUAUAGUAGGAAAUCUGAUAAAACUUGGUUAGGAAAUUAUAUUUUGUUGGCUUAUACGUAACAUAAAGUAAAAGAAAAAUGAUUGUCUUUUAGUUUUUUAGAUACUUUAUGGUAUAAAAUUUGAUAAAACAAUGUUUUUUAAAGCUUUUUAUUAAGCUGAACCAGAAGUAGCGGGACACUUUUCAUUUAUUGUUCAACAAAAGAGUGUCCUACUACUUUUGGUUCAACCUAAUAGUACUAAAACAAACUUUCUUUCAACUGUUUUGACAUUAAAACAAGGUUUUUCUAGCUUUUCCUUCAUGUUAUAGUAGAAAAAGUAGUUUCUUUAUGAAGGUAUUAGCUUGAAAAUGGCAUUUUUUGAUUCUUACUGAACUUACAUUAGAAGAAAAAAGGUGUUUUUAAGCCUAGUAACUCAAUUUUAUAAGCCAUAAAAGCUUAAAACUUAUCUUACAAACCUUAAAUCUAAAAUAUCAGGCGUUGACAUAAAGAAUCCGCCAUUUUUUACAAGAAACUACAGGAAAAGUAUGGCGGGUUCUUUAUGUCGGCACCUAAUACUUGAUACAAACUAGAAUACUAAAAAUAAUGUAAAGGUUAAAAGGUGAUAGAAACUCAGAAUUUUUAAAGUUCAUAGAGUCUAGUACAACAUCUGUACAGCUUCUUAGAUAUAGUGAACCAGUGACUAAACAUGGAUGAUUAUUACUCUUCAUACUAACACAACUUCUGUCUUUGGGCGUCGCUAGGGCAACGGAUGACCUUUUCUAAAAUUUUUUUUAUUAGCUGCUUUACCACGCCCGCUGCAAAAAAUUUUUCUUUGUGUUUUAUCCUUUUCGAAUCACAUUUUUAAAAAAUUUUUAAAAAAUUUUUUUGACUACCCCCCUAUCAAAAAAAAUUUUUUAUACCCCACCCUCUUUUAACAAUGUAUUUUUUUGAAAAUUUAUAAUUUUUUGAUUAAAAACCCUUAGCGACGCCCACACCAGUCUAAGAAGUACCCACUUCUACUCUCUUCUGACCCCCCAAUUACUAAUUUUCAAAUUACCAUGCCCUUUUUAGGUUUUAUCGUUGGGUGCGGAUGUACUGCCCGAGUACAAGCUACAGCAGGCGCGAAUACACCAUUGCACGAUUGUACAUUAUAGCCCCUUCAAAGCGGUAUGGGACUGGAUCAUAUUGCUCCUGGUCAUCUAUACCGCCAUCUUCACGCCGUAUGUGGCCGUGUUUCUGCUCAAAGAGGUGGGUAAAAUACGUUCAAGGAAACUUUUGCGUUUUUAUAAUUUUAUAAUAGAUUAUGGUAGAGUAAGUUACGGUAGAGUAUGUUACAGUAAGCUAAGAUAGGGUAGGGUAGAAUAGAGCGAGUUUCGGUAGAUUGAGUUACUGUAGAGUUAGGUAGGAUAGGGUAGGGUAGGGUAAGGUAGGGUACGGUACGGUACGGUAUGGUAGGGUACCGUAAGGUACGGCAAGGUAGGGUAGGGUAGAGUAGGGUAGGGUAGGGUAGGGUAGGGUAGGGUAGGGUAGGGUAGAGUAAGGUAGGGUAGGGUAGGGUAGGGUAGGGUAGGGUACGGUACGGUACAGUAGGGUACUAUACGGUACGGUAAAAUAAAAAAUUUCAAAAUUUCAGAACCAGGACCACCAACGAAGGGGCCGCUUCGAAAGCACGCUGGACCUGGCCGACCUUAUCGUAGAUAUCAUGUUCAUCGUGGACAUAAUCAUCAACUUCCGCACCACCUACGUCAACGAGAACGAGGAGGUGGUGUCGGAUCCGCACAAAAUCGCCAAACAUUACUUUACCGGGUGGUUUAUAAUUGACAUGAUCGCCGCCGUUCCCUUCGAUCUGCUGUUGGCUAGUAGUGAUGAAGCCAAUGUAAGUUCAGAAAUAAAACCUAGAAGCCUAAGAAUAUAAGCCUAAGCCUAAACCCAACUUUUUCAGACAACAACACUAAUCGGGUUACUAAAAGCAGCACGAUUACUGAGGUUAGUACGAGUAGCACGAAAGUUGGAUCGGUAUUCGGAGUACGGCGCGGCCGUACUCAUGUUACUCAUGUCAACAUUCGCUUUGAUUGCCCAUUGGCUGGCCUGCAUAUGGUACGCCAUCGGCAGUCAUGAACUGCCACACAAAGAAAUCACAUGGCUACAUCAACUUGGUAAGUUAAGAGAAAAAAAUUUUUGGGCGGGGUAAAUUUUUAGGGGGAGGGAGGAGGUUAAAAAAUAAUUUUUCAGACAAGUUUUUUAAUAAACGAAGUCAGUUAAAACUUUUUUUUAAAAAAAAAUUUUUGUUUGGGUAGGCGUGGGUGGGCGGGGUAAUUUUUUUUUAAGUUUUCAAAGAAAUUAUUAGAUUGGAAUUGAAAAAGGAAGGUCUCAUUUUAUGUUUCUACACAAAAAAUAUUUUUUAAAGGGGUGGAUAAUUAAAUUUUUUUAAAUUUUUUAUUUUUUUAGCAAAAAACCUCAAUGAACCGUAUAUAUCGAGGAACGGCACAAUGCCAACGGGUGGACCGUCUCUACAUUCGCGUUACGUGACGGCGCUUUACUUUACACUGUCGACUAUUACCUCAAUCGGUUUUGGCAAUGUUUCGGCCACGACCGACGCCGAGAAAAUCUUCACUAUUGUUAUGAUGAUUGUUGGAUGUAAGUGGUUUUUUGUUUUAGGGGGUUUUCUAGAGAUUUUUUGAGCAAAUGAGACUUGUGUGCGAGCUAGAGCUAGAGCUAAAGCUAGAGCUAGAGCUAGAGCUAGAGCUAGAGCUAGAGCUAGAGCUAGAGCCAGAGUCAGAGUCAGAGUCAGAGCUAGAGCUAGAGCUAAAGCCAGAGCCAGAGUCAGAGCUAAAGCUUUUAGCUAAGAGCUAGAGCUAGGGUUAGUUUGUAGGUUUAGAAAUUGGUUUUUAGGUACUUUUUAACUAAAAAAUGUUGUUUUAGACACUUAUAUAGCUUAGAAACUUUUUUUAGUACUGUUUGACCUAUAAAAGAACUUGGUGUAGAUAGUUCUGAACCUGAAAAAAUUGUUUUUUGAAACUUUUUGGCCUACAAAGCUUGAUUUAUGUACUUUUUUGGUAAUAAACAUCUUUUCUAGCGAAGUUUUGACCAAAAAAACUUUGUUUUAUGUAGUUUUUUGAGUCUCGAAGACGGUUUUUCGGUAUUUUUUAAUUAAACAAGCUGUGUUUUAAAUCAUUUUUAAGCUAAAAAAGCGUUUUCUUGUCGAUUUUCGGACUAAACAAGGCAUUUUGUGGCUCAAUUUUGAACUAAGGAAACGUUUUUUAAAACUUUUUUGACCCGCCAGUUUUAGUUUACCUAAUUUUGACCAUAAAGUUCCUCUUUUGUUCUCUCUUCUCUUCUUCUACCCACUUAUUGACCUUAUAAUAUAUUAUUCGUUUUCAGCGCUCAUGUACGCCUCUGUGUUCGGUAACGUAUCAGCUAUUAUUCAGCGUCUGUACAGUGGUACCGCACGGUAUCAUACCGAGCUGUCGAGGCUACGAGAAUUUAUUAGGUUUCACCAAGUGCCAAAUCCCCUAAGGCAGCGGUUGGAAGAGUACUUUCAGCACGCUUGGUCUUAUACCAAUGGUAUUGACAUGAACACGGUGGGUUGAUUUUUUGGGUUUGGGGUAGAUUUUUAAAUUUUUUUAAUUCAAAAAUUUUUUUUUUUAAUUUUAAAAUUACGAAGUUUUGAAUUUUUUAAAUUUUGAAAGUUUUUAAUUUAAAAAAUUUGAGUUUUUAUCAAUGUUUGUAAAGAAAUGUCAAUAUCGAUUACAUUUUUUGCGACAACGAAAUGUCAAUAUUGAUUAAGUUUUUUUCAAUGACAAAAUGUCAAUAUCGAUUUUCUAUAACUUUACCUAUGUUGACAUUCCAGGUGCUCAAAGGCUUCCCCGACUGUCUACAAGCCGACAUAUGCCUACAUUUACAUAGGAAUCUGCUCAACAGUUCACCCGCCUUCAAAGACAUCUCACCCGGCUGUCUGAGAGCGUUAUCACUGAGGUUUCGGACCACUCACUCACCGCCUGGGGAUACGUUGGUUCAUCGUGGUGACAUCUUGACUGGCCUCUUUUUUAUUGCCCGAGGGUCGGUCGAGAUUGUAGAUCAACAUGAUCAAGUCGUUGGGAUAUUGGGUAGGUAUUACAUUGUGUAAUGUAUAAGGCUAGGUUUGAGGAGGUUGGGGUUUGAGUUAAGGUAGGGUAAGCAAGGGUUUAUGGCAUUUUUGAAGCAAAGGCUAUUUAUAAAUGGUUUGGCAAGGAAAAAUAUUUUAAGGGCAGGGCAUUUUUUUUAAGAAAAGGUAGUUUUUUAAGGGUAGGCUUGGGUUUUUAAAGAGUUAUGGGAUUUUUUUUGGUUGGGCAGAAUAUUAUAUUAAAAGUAGGGCAAAGAUCGGAAACAUAUAUAAGCUAGGGCAAGUGAAAGAUAGGGAUCUGGGCUUUGCGUUUUAGUUUCUAGGCUAGGGCUAAAGUUAAUGCUAGGACUUGGGCUAGGGCACUAAGCUGUGGCUCAGGACUAGGGCUCUGGGCUAGGGCUCUGGGCUAGGGCUCUGGGCUAGGGCACUGGGCUAGCGCAAGAGCAAAAACUAGGGCUAGGGCUGAGGUUAAGUAUGGUAGACACGUACGAACAUAACAUCUGAAUUCUUAUCACAACUUUUAUUUUCAGGAAAAGACGACGUCUUUGGCGAAAACCCAGUCUACUACGACGACGUAGGGAAAGCCUCAUGCUCAGUCCGAGCCCUAACUUACUGUGAUUUACAUAAAAUCGUCCGAGACGACCUACUCGACGUUCUGGAGAUGUAUCCCGAGUUCGCGGAGAGUUUUUGUGAGAAACUGGUGAUAACACACAACCUACGUGACGUCAGGUUGAGUUCGAAGGAAGGUGGAGGGUUCAGGAAACGAAUGGCUAGCCAAAGGCAUAAAGUGCUACGGAUGUCGUCGUCACAUCGGGAGAAUCAAUGUGAAGAUGUUAGGGCUUACAGUAGUCAGUUUAGGAACGCAGAUGAGCCUCAGAUGGUCAAUGAGGCUACGAAUGUACCGUCACCGCAGAGUGAUAAGGGUUCAGGUAGGCGGAGAUGCAUUUUGUACUUUUUUAAUUUUUAGUGUCUAUGAUAGGAUGUCUAGUACUGUAAUCAGGGUUAGUGGGGAACUGGUCUUUGUAGGGUAAUUUAAGGGCUUAGGAAGAGUACGGUAGGCACAGUUGAGUAGGGUAGGCACGGCAGAGUACGGUAGGGUCAGGAAAGUGUAUAGUAGGGCAGAGUAAGGUUCUGUAAACUAAGUUAAGUGUACUGUAAGAUAAUUUAGGGUAGGGCAGGGUAGGUUAGAGUAGGGUAGGGUAGGGUAGGAUAGGGUAGGGUAGGGUAAAGUAGGGCACCGUAAGGUACGGCAAGGUACGGUAGGGUAGGGUAGGGUAGGGCGAAGUAAAGUAGACAAUAACUACCAAUAGCCGUAUAAUAACCUAAAACUUAUUUUCAGUCUAAAAUACAGUAAUCUAAUGCGUGUGUUUACCGCAAAAACCCAAAAUACAGUAGCUUUUUAACCUUCUGUCAUUCCUAACCGUUUGUUUUGAAGAUAACACGUUGGAACGAGUGAAACGAAGCCUAAACCAGCUUAGUUUUGAGAAUAACAACAACCCCAAUAGCCCCAAGACUAAUAAUGGUACGUUUUCCUCAUUGUAGUGUGGUUAUUACACUCACAUUCGUUAAUAUUUGGCACGUUUGGGGUAUAAUUUGUUUUGUAUUUUGAUAUCGAUAGUGAUUCAUAGGGUGUUGUCUUCUCUUACUAUUAGCUAAAGGUAACUUACGUCUUGUAAAACAUAUUGUAGUAGAAAUAAAUUAAAUUUUGGGUACUGUGUUAGUACUAGCUGUACUGUGCAUGGAGUAGAAAAAAAAUAUCUUGUUGUACGUUUUUGGUUUUUGCAAUUUUUUGUGAGUAGCGUACUGUUAUAUGUAGGUAUAAUAGUAUAUACUGUGACAUUUUAUAUGUUGUUAUGGUACGUUUAAUGUUUGUUAUGUACAAUGUGCUUUAAUAUUGUCUGUGGAUAGUAAAUAUGCUUUACUACACUACCUAGCCCUGCACAAGCUUUAGCCCAAAGCCCUAGCCCAAGUCCAGAGCCCUAGCCCAGAGCCCUAGCCCAAAGCCCUAGCCCAAGUCCAGAGCCCUAGCCCAGAGCCCUAGCCCAAAGCCCUUGCCCCGGUCUUAGAUCUAGGACCUAGCCCUACUAGACAUGAGGAAUGUCGGGCCCGGACCGAUCAAAAUUUUGCUCAAAGCCUGCCCGCGUUAAAUUUGGGCCAGGCCCGACCCCUUCCUCAUGUCCUAAGUCCUGCCCUUUCUUUCCCUUACUUUACCUUUUCAACACCCUUGCCCUACUCAUGUAUAAUACAUACCCUACCCUACUCAGCUUUUCUGAGUAUGGUAUUACAUGAACAUCUUACUCUACUCAGUUUUUCUUUAUCUUAACGUGCUGUGACUACUUCACCUCAUGUGCACUUUUUCCUACUGUACUAACAGCACUCGUACUACCCACACUGACAUUUUUUCUCCCUCCAGGUCAUCCCCCAGUAACUCAACGUACCUCCGCCGAUUCCCGUAGCUUUGGCGAAACGGAACCGCUUUUACUGGUCGAUGCUGAUGUGCUGGAUUCGAGGCCACAAAGCCUGCAACUUCGGACGGAUCGGCCGCAUCCUCGCCUUUCCCCCACGCCUAGUAGCGAAAAAUGUAAAUUUAUGUUUUGUGAAGAGGAGAUACUAACAGGCUUUUUUAUAGUUGCUAAAGUUUUUUUGGCUAGUUUUUGAAAUUUUUAGGCUUGGACAUUAAAAAAUUUUUUAAUUUUUCUGACCAAUUUUCGUGGUUUUUCCACUAUUUUUAGCUAAAUUUUUUGUAAGAAUUUUGUUAUUCUUUUUGAUUGUUAGGUCUGACUUGAGGUUGUCUAUAAGAUUUAUCGUUUCUUAAAAUCCAAGCUAUGAUUACUACUCCGUAUUUUACUAACUUGUUUUAUCAUUUCAGGGCAACAUCGAGCAGUGACCUUCGCUCGAGAGAUCGAUGACAGUCGAUACAACUUCCUCAGUCAACGGCUGGACAACAUUGAGGGGUAAGCCUUUUUUAUUUACAUAUAGUACUAUAUGUAAAUCAUAGCACUAUAGAGCACUAUAUGUAACUCAUAGUACUAUAGAGCACUAUAUGUAACUCAUAGUACUAUAUAGUGCUAUAUGUAAGUCAUAGUACUACAUAGUACUAUGUGUAAUUCAUAGUACUAUACAGUACUAUAUGUAUCUCAUAGUACUGUAGACUACUAUAUUUAAGUUAUAAUACUAUAGAGUACUAUAUGUAAGUCAUACUACUUAAUAGUACUAUAUGUAAGUCAUAGUACUAAAUAGUACUAUAUGUAAGUCACACUACUUAAUAGUACUAUAUGUAAGUCAUAGUACUAAAUAGUACUAUAUGUAAGUCACACUACUUAAUAGUACUAUAUGUAAGUCAUAGUACUAAAUAGUACUAUAUGUAAGUCAUACUACUUAAUAGUACUAUAUGUAAGUCAUAGUACUAAAUAGUACUAUAUUUAAGUCAUAGUACUAUGUAGUAUUAUUUGUAAGUCAUUGUACUAUACAGUACUAUAUGUAUGUCAUAGUACUAUAAAGUAAUAUAUGUAUCAAAAAUUGAACUUUUUUGAAAAAAAUAUUUCAGUGAAAAGGGAGGGUACUUCUAAUUUUUUUUAUUUUUUUUUCAACUUUCAGGCAUUUAUCGCAAAUGCAAAACAAGAUGAACACGGAUUUCGAGGAAAUCAUUCGACUACUUCGGCUCUCCGGCGCUCUCAGUACGGCUGCCAGUAGUAGUGGUAAGUAAAAAAUCUUAUUUUAAAAAAAAUUUAAAACUUCCAUUUUAUUUUACCUUGUAUUUAAAAAAAGGUACAGUUCACCCAUUUUCAGCGGGCAGUUCCCAUCUAAACGCCCUGACAAUAGACCUCAAUGAGCGAAGUGGUGCGACUUCAUCUCUCUCUGGGCCGACGUCACGGAACGGUGACUUGGACCAGAAUUCGACUAGCCGAAGUCAUUUGGGAAAGGUUGGGAAUUGCACACAGGUAAGGACUACCACACCUUAGGUACUCUACCCUACCCUAUUCUAUUUUACCCUACCCUACCCUACCCUUCCUUACCCUACCCUAUUCUAUUCUACCCUACCCUACGCUACCCUACCUUGUCCUACACAUCUUGCAGCAUCCAUUUGCAUUCCUCAGCUUACAGUACCUUACUACCCUAAUCUACGCUUUCAUGACCCUACCUCGCUCUACCAUGCCUACCGUAAUCUUUCUAAGCCCUUAUGUUACACUACCAAAACCAGUUUCCUACUAUACCUUACUUUACCUCACCUUACCCUCCAACACCUCACCCCACUUUAGAAAUUACAGUAACCUCAAGAUUACAGCGCCCCAACACCCUCUCAGCCCAAAGUGAAGACCGAAUGCCAUUACUACCGGAGACCUCGUUAUCACCACCCGAUCUGAAUCCCAAGUUCAUGCCGAUGAGUGUACUACCGAGUGAACUGAGUCCAGCUGGCUCGGCCGGUGAUCGUCGUUCCUUGUAUCGUUCCACGUCACGAGAGCCCACCCAGAGCUCGGACCCUGACGCGGUUUGUACGUUGGCUUCGCCCGACGAUGAUACAUCGCUAUAA